CUUGCUAGUACCUGUCAAGGGGUAGUUUUGCAUCAAUCUUUUGCGCGCCUCAGUCAGUCGGGGGCGGGCGCGUCUUCCAUCUGAAUGUAUCUGCUGGGGCCUACCUUCCGCGUUAAGGCGGCAAGAGCAGCAUAGAAAUAGGCACGCCCAAAGUGGAAGAAAGUGAGAGAGGGAGGCGUGAAAAAUGGCGAUGGCAGGUCUGUACAGGCGCAUCCUCCCUUCUCCUCCCGCCGUCGAGUUUGCUUCUUCGGAAGGAAAGCAACUCUUCUCCGAGGCCCUAGUGAAUGGAACAAUGGAAGGGUUUUUCAAGCUAAUUUCUUACUUCCAGACACAGUCAGAGCCUGCUUACUGUGGUCUGGCGAGCCUUGCGGUUGUUCUGAAUGCCCUUGGGAUAGAUCCUGGCAGAAAAUGGAAAGGACCGUGGAGGUGGUUCGACGAAUCCAUGUUUGACUGCUGCGAGCCUCUGGAGAAGGUGAAGGCGGAAGGUAUAACGUUCGGGAAGGUGACCUGUUUAGCUCGGUGUGCAGGAGCGAAGGUCGAAGCAUUCCGCGCGAAUCAGACUUCGAUUGAUGAUUUUCGGAAGCAUGUGAUAAACUGCGUCUCUUCUGAAGACUGCCACUUGAUCACUUCAUAUCACCGCGGGGCUUUUCUUCAGACGGGCACUGGUCAUUUUUCACCUAUAGGCGGAUACCACCCUGGGAAAGAUAUGGCACUUAUUCUGGAUGUCGCUCGCUUUAAAUACCCCCCACAUUGGGUUCCACUUCCACUUCUUUGGGAGGCCAUGAACACUAUUGAUGAAGCGACCGGACAUCAUAGAGGGUUUAUGUUAGUUUCCAAGCUUCAGAGAGCACCAUCUUUGCUUUAUACACUGAGCUGUAAGCAUGAGAGUUGGGUUGGCAUUUCAACUUACUUACUUGAUGAGGUCCCACGCCUUUUGGAGUCUGAGGGUAUAAACACAGUGCAGAAAGUCCUCUCAGUUAUUUUUACAUUCUUACCUUCCAAUGUAGGAGAGUUUGUCAAGUGGAUCGCAGAGGUUCGGAGGCAAGAAGAAGGGGCAGCAAGGUUAAGCGAUGAGGAGAAAGGAAGGCUCACCAUUAAGGAAAUGGUAAUUAAACAGAUACAUGAGACGGAGAUGUUUGCAUGUGUCCAAGAGUGGCUAUCUUCUGAGAGUCCAUGUUGCAGAAAAGCUCUAUCCAUUCUAGGCUGCAAUAAUAAUCUGCCACAAGUUGCUGCUUGCGUUUGCUGCCAAGGAGCAGAACUUUUGACAGGAUGGUUGGGACCUGCAAAUGCAUUCUGCUGUAAAGAAUCAUGUGUUAGAUCUCUUAAUGGGGAAGAUUCAAGCACUGUUAUUUCAGGUAAAGUUGUUGCUGGCAACUCUGAGCAAGGUGUAGAUGUAUUGGUUCCGACAGCACAGGUUAAAGGACAGAUAUGCUGUGAUUCAAAGCAGAGUGAUAUUAUAAGAACGCAUCCAGAAAGCAGCGAUGUUUUGACUGCAUUGCUGCUGGCACUUCCACCUACAACAUGGAUUGUACUCAAGGAAAACCAAGUGCUUAAGAGGAUUUCACAUUUGGUCUCAAUAGAGAAUUUACCAAUCAUUCUUCAGGAGGAGGUUUUACACCUGAGACGGCAGCUCCUCCUCCUUAAGAGGUGUAAGGAUAACCGAUUGGACGAGGAACUUGGUGAGCCAUCAUAGUCCUGUUAGGGACACCUUUUCUGGCAAUAGUGGGUGCUUGGUUAGUGCUGUGGCAAGAAAGAGGUAGGGAAUUAGACGGUGGUGUGGAAAAGGCGCAGGUAUUAUCACGCCUCAGUUACCCUCCCACAAGGAAGAUUCCCCUCUGGUCAACUGAUGUUACAAUUCAUAUCUUUAGUCCCUAUUUGAUUGCCGUCUCAAUUCAUCUUUCAAGGUCGUAGUUUCAGAUGAAAGAAGGUUCAGUGGGGAUGAGAACUCUCAACACAUAGCGAGUGCAAAAUAGAUCUAUACUCGACUUAUUGGAGGAUUCAAAAGGCGAUUAUUCAGUUGAUUUGAAGUUUAAUGAAUCAUCUUUUGUUGUUUCUUUUUAUUUGGGCACUCGUUUAUAUCCACAGCGGAAGGAUCCGUGUGUGUGAAACCAGAUUAUUGUAAUUGGAUUCAAAUAAAACUAUAUUCAUAGCGUA